AUGUUUAGAAAUGUUGCGCGCGUUGCUACGCCUCUGGCGACUACAUUAACCCGCCGGGCUGUGCCUGUAGUUCGCGCCAAUGUUAACGUAAACAAAGGUGUAUUCAGUAUCCCAGUUCGCAGUUUCGCAACCGCCAAACCUACAACUUCCGAAGUUUCCAAUAUUUUGGAAUCACGCAUCCUUGGCGUUUCUUCCGGUGUUGAAAUUCAGGAAACAGGUCGUGUAUUAUCAAUUGGUGAUGGUAUUGCUCGUGUCUACGGUCUUAAGAAUGUCCAAGCAGAAGAGAUGGGUAUGGCUUUUAACUUGGAAGCUGAUAAUGUUGGUAUUGUCGUAUUCGGUAACGACAGAUUGAUUAAAGAGGGUGAUACUGUAAAACGUACUGGUCAGAUUGUAGAUGUACCAGUUGGUCCUGGUUUAUUAGGUCGUGUAGUUGAUGCUUUGGGUAAUCCAAUUGAUGGUAAAGGACCUAUACAAGCAGCAGAGCGAAAGCGUGUCCAAGUUAAAGCUCCCGGUAUUCUUCCUCGUCGUUCCGUACAUGAACCUAUGCAAACUGGUAUAAAAUCAGUUGAUGCCAUGGUACCGAUCGGGCGUGGUCAACGUGAAUUGAUCAUUGGAGAUCGUCAAACCGGAAAAACCGCCGUUGCUAUUGAUACGAUCCUUAAUCAAAAAAGAUGGAAUGAUGGCAAUGAUGAAAGCAAGAAAUUAUACUGCGUUUAUGUUGCCGUAGGUCAAAAACGUUCAACUGUCGCCCAAUUGGUGCAAACCUUGGAAGAAAAUGAUGCAAUGAAAUAUUCAAUUGUCGUAGCAGCUACUGCUUCAGAAGCCGCUCCACUUCAAUUCUUGGCACCAUUUUCUGGAUGUGCUAUGGGCGAAUGGUUCCGUGAUAAUGGAAAACAUUCUUUAAUUAUUUAUGAUGAUUUGUCAAAACAGGCUGUUGCAUACCGUCAAAUGUCCUUAUUGCUUCGUCGUCCACCAGGUCGUGAAGCCUAUCCUGGUGAUGUGUUUUAUCUUCACUCUAGGUUACUAGAACGUGCUGCCAAGUUAAAUGCAGACUUUGGUGCUGGUUCUUUGACUGCAUUACCAAUCAUUGAAACACAAGGUGGUGAUGUAUCGGCUUAUAUUCCCACCAACGUAAUUUCCAUUACUGAUGGUCAAAUUUUCUUGGAAGCCGAAUUGUUCUUUAAAGGUAUACGUCCGGCCAUUAACGUCGGUAUAUCUGUAAGCAGAGUAGGUAGUGCCGCCCAAACUAAGGCCAUGAAACAAGUCGCCGGUUCUCUGAAACUUUACUUGGCCCAGUAUCGUGAAGUCGCUGCUUUUGCACAAUUCGGUUCGGAUUUAGAUGCCUCAACGCGUUUCUUGUUGAACCGUGGAGAACGAUUGACUGAACUUCUAAAGCAACCUCAAUUUAAACCACUUUCAACUGAACAACAAGUUCCUCUUGUCUUUGCAGGUGUUCACGGAUUUUUGGACAAAGUAGAUAGUAAACGUGUAACAGAAUUUGAAGCUUCAUUCCUUCCACAUUUGACAUCCAAUCAUUCCGAUGUAUUGGAGACCAUUAAAAAAGAAGGAGUAAUUUCUGAUGCGACCGAUAAAAAAUUACGUGAAAUUUUAACUGAAUUCUUAAAAUCUUUUUAA